CCUGUAACAUCAAAUCGUUUGGAGAGAAACACGGUCUCUGCUGACUUCAGUAGCCUAAUGUUUUCUGCCUUCAUCAUAUGUCAGUCUUCAUCCCCUCUGUCUGAAACAAAGGCUGAACAUUUCAGGAGUGACGCGUCCACGUCAGCUAUGCGCAUAUAUUUAUUUUUUUUAUGAAGUGGGACAGCGUCUGAGAAGCGUUAAUCAUCUCCGAGCUGCUGAGCGACGCCGAUUUAAACAUGUGAGCGGCUGUGUGGUCGCUCAGUCACUGCCGCACCUGACAGGGAUUUACACACAGCGUAGAGCUCUGCUCCAUCCCUCUGCUGCCGUGAAGCGCUGAGAGAGAAGAUCAUGGACACCACGGACCAGGGUGCUCAGAUAGAGCCGCUGCUGCCAUCGGUGAAUUCUUCCUUUGUCUCAUCAGUUGGGCGUAGAAGUUUGAGGAACGACGAUGAGGCUGUGGUGGACAGAGGAGGAGCACGGUCCCAACAGGGAACCAACUUUGAGCAGGAAGAUCUUGAAGGCCACAGGACUCUCUACAUUGGGGUCCAUGUCCCCUUGGGCAGUACCAGGCACCGCAGCCAUCGCAGGCACCGUCACCAUGGAAACAAGCACAGGAGGAAGAGCAGGGACCGGGCCCUCACCUUGGUUGAGGGUAGAGAGUCUCCUGUUUAUGACACUCCCUCACAGAGAGUGCAGUUCCUGCUGGGAACUGAGGAUGAUGAUGAGGAGCAUAUUCCUCAUGACCUCUUCACAGAGAUGGAUGAGAUCUGUGUGAGGGAUGGAGAGGAUUCUGAGUGGAGGGAAAGUGCCAGGUGGCUGAAGUUUGAAGAGGAUGUUGAAGAUGGAGGAGAGCGAUGGAGUAAACCCUACGUAGCCACUCUUUCUCUACACAGUCUGUUUGAGCUGCGAAGCUGCAUCAUCAACAGCACUGUGCUGCUUGACAUGAGAGCCAAUACCAUUGAAGAGAUUGCAGACAUGGUCUUGGACCACCAGGAGUUAUACUCACCACUGGGGGAUGAGCUCAGACAGAAAGUGCGGGAAACACUGUUGAAGCAGCACCAUCACCAGAACCAGAAGAAGCUUGCUAACCGGCUACCAAUUGUACGCUCUUUUGCUGACAUUAGUCGUCGGACGUCGGAGCUCCACCUGGACAAGAAUGGUCAGAUGUCGUCCUCACAGUCUCAGUUAGCGGGUGCGGACGGCAAAGGAGACAGUAGAGAGAACAGUUCAGUUGACUUCAGUAAGAUAGACCUUCAUUUCAUGAAGAAGAUCCCGGCGGGAGCUGAAGCCUGUAAUGUGUUAGUGGGAGAGCUAGAAUGUCUGAACAAGCCUGUGGUGGCGUUUGUCCGCCUUUCACCAGCAGUUCUGCUCAACGGGCUGGCUGAAGUCCCCAUCGCCACAAGGUUUCUGUUUAUUCUCUUGGGGCCCUCGGGUAGAGCGCCUCAAUAUCAUGAGAUUGGAAGAUCCAUUGCAACACUUAUGACAGAUGAGGUUUUCCAUGAUGUUGCCUAUAAAGCUAAAGACCGGAAUGAUCUGAUCGCUGGGGUCGAUGAAUUCCUCGAUCAAGUGACAGUCCUGCCCCCAGGCGAGUGGGACCCAUCCAUACGGAUAGAGCCACCAAAGAAUGUACCAUCACAGGAGAAGAGGAAGAAAAGUAACAUUUUACCUAACGGAUUAGUAGAGGGUGAGGAGGAAGAGGAGCACGAUGGCCAUGGUGGUCCAGAACUGGAACGCACUGGAAGGUGGUUUGGUGGUCUCAUUCUGGACAUCAAGCGAAAGGCACCCCACUACCUGUCCGACUAUACUGAUGCGUUUAGUUUGCAGUGCGUGGCCUCCUUCCUGUUCCUCUACUGUGCCUGCAUGUCCCCUGUCAUCACCUUUGGAGGACUACUGGGCGAGGCAACAGAAGGACGCAUAAGUGCAAUUGAGUCGUUGUUUGGAGCCUCGCUGACUGGAAUAGCCUAUUCCCUAUUUGCUGGGCAGCCCCUUACCAUCCUGGGCAGCACAGGGCCAGUGCUUGUAUUUGAAAAGAUAUUGUUCAAAUUCUGCAAGGAAUAUGGCUUAUCCUAUCUGUCACUGAGAGCCUGUAUUGGUCUGUGGACAGCUUUCCUCUGUAUUGUGCUGGUGGCCACAGAUGCAAGUUCCCUCGUUUGUUACAUCACGCGGUUUACAGAGGAAGCCUUCGCCUCUCUCAUCUGCAUCAUCUUUAUUUACGAAGCCUUGGAGAAACUUAUUCACUUGGGCGAACACUAUCCCUUUAACAAGAACAACAACCUGGACAAACUCAGCAUGUACUCAUGUUCAUGCGUUGAGCCUUCUGACCCCACCAAUGGCACCCUGAAGUAUUGGGAGAUCAACAACGUCACUGCCUCAGAAAUCUACUGGGAAGCGCUGGAGGUCAAGGACUGUAUUGAAAAGCGAGGCGAGUUUGUGGGCAGCGCCUGUGGCCCGGAUGGACCCUAUGUUCCUGAUGUCCUCUUCUGGUGUGUCAUUCUCUUUUUUUCUACUGUCUUCAUGUCCGCCUUCCUCAAGGAGUUCAAGUUCAGCAAUUACUUUCCCACAAAGGUGAGGUCCAUCAUCAGCGACUUUGCUGUUUUCUUCGCCAUCCUUACAAUGGUCUUAAUCGACUACGCCUUAGGGAUUCCCUCUCCAAAGCUAAAGGUUCCCAGUGUGUUUAAGCCAACCAGAGAUGAUCGAGGUUGGUACAUCAACCCGCUGGGGCCCAACCCCUGGUGGACGGCAGUCAUAACGGUGCUCCCAGCUCUGCUUUGUACCAUCCUCAUCUUCAUGGACCAGCAAAUCACAGCCGUCAUCAUCAACAGGAAGGAGCACAAACUCAAGAAAGGCUGUGGGUACCACCUGGAUCUGUUCAUGGUGGGGGUGAUGCUUGGUGUGUGCUCUUUGAUGGGGUUGCCGUGGUUCGUAGCAGCCACCGUCCUCUCCAUCACUCACGUCAACAGCCUGAAGCUUGAGUCAGAGUGCUCAGCUCCUGGUGAGCAGCCCAAGUUCCUCGGCAUCAGAGAGCAACGCUUUACUGGCCUCAUGAUCUUCACCCUCAUGGGCAGUUCUGUCUUCAUGACAUCUGUGCUGAAGUUCAUUCCUAUGCCUGUGUUAUAUGGAGUAUUCCUUUACAUGGGAGCGUCUUCUCUCAGAGGCAUUCAGUUCUUUGACCGCCUGACACUGUUUGGUAUGCCGGCCAAGCACCAGCCAGACUUCAUCUAUUUACGACAUGUGCCCCUGAGGAAGGUGCACCUGUUCACCAUCAUCCAGCUCACCUGUUUGGUUAUGCUCUGGGUCAUCAAGACCUCCAAGGCUGCCAUUGUCUUUCCUAUGAUGGUGUUAGCUCUGGUGUUUAUCAGGAAGCUAAUGGACUGUAUCUUCAGUAAGAGAGAGCUGAGCUGGCUGGAUGACCUCAUGCCAGAGAGCAAGAAGAAGAAGCUUGAGGAUGCUGAAGAGGAGGAGGAGCAGAGUAUACUGGCAGAAGAUGAGGGAGUAGUGCAAGUGCCAUUAGAAGGCUACAAAGGAAUACCCAUUAUUAACAUCACAGAUGAAAUGUCAAAGGGUUCUUUUGGAAAUAGUUGGAAUGCCAACGGCUAAGACUUUUGAGAAAGAAUCAAGUCUUCAGAACAUAAUGUGAAGUGAAGAGGCCCAACGUGCUGCCGGUUACCUGCUGUUUUAGGUUAAGUCCACCCCUCUUGAUAUGAACACAGCCCAUUCACCAUUAAUUGAUGCAAGUUUUUGGAAAUUAGAAUCAAAAGGAAUUUAAAGGGAUAGUUCAAAGUGUUGAAAAUAUGCUUAUUUGCUUUCUUGCCGAAAAUAAAAUGAGACAGUCAAUACCACUCUCAUGAAUGUACGAUAUAUGACGCUGUCGCCAGCAGCUAGUUAGCUUAGCUUAGCACAAAGAGCGGAAACACAGGGAAACUGCUAGCCUGGCUCUGUCCAAGGGUAACUGAAUCUGCCUACAAAAAACCAUGAGUAAAAAUGAUCUGCUGUGUUACGUGCUGGACUAUUUCUUGGCCAGGUGCAGUAUCAUUUUUACAUUUUGGUCUUUGUACUAGUUACUUUGUAGAUUUAGAGUUGUUACUUACAAUAUGAUCUAAUAAUUCAAUACAAUAUAAACAGUAGGAUGACACUCUGGAAGGGGCCGUACUGUAUAAUGAGUUAUUUUACUUUUGUGACUAUAAGUGCAUUUGAAUGAUAAUACUUUUACUCAGCUAAAAUUUUUUAACUUUUACUUGUAAUACAGUAUCUUUACUCACAGUGUAUUGACACAGUGUUGACAUAGCCUACUGUAUAUCACCCGAUUGUACAUUCAUCUUUUCUUUCUUAAAGCUAACAGUAUACCACAACAGUCACAGUUCCUCACAAAAUGAGAGUGCAAGAUGAGAAAUGUAAGACGAAGAAGAUGAAGGACAGUGUUGUGAGUCUUUGUCACUGUCCCUUCUGUGUGUUUGUAGAGAAAUCUGCAUCAUGUGCUGCAAUUUAUGAAUCCUUCAAGUUUAGUUUUGUAAAUGUAUGUGUGUAAGUGAAUAACCGUGUUAUCUGAUGUGUCACAAAUUAUUAUUCUGCCUGUUCAUGAACCAGUGAAACCUACUUUAUAAUUUUCUCAUGUCGUUAAGGUCAAAUUGUACUUUCUAAAUCUAGAUACUUUAUUGCUCCACUCAAUGUAAACUACAAAAAUGGAAAAGGUUGGUCUGUUUUCAAGUUUGUAUUUAUUUUAGUAUAUACUUUGUAUUUUGAGAUACCAUCAUAUUAAUAUAUCCUUGAAUUCUUUAUCUAUUUAUAUACUGAAUCCCUAUAAUUCUCUAAUCUUCAAGUUCUCUUUAGACAUUGAAUAUAAUGUGAAAUUAAAUAUGAAGAUCUAAUAAAUAUUUUAUAAGUCUAAGGUCAUUCUUGACAAUAACCAUGUAAAAACUUUCUAAAAAGCCAUACGUAAAUGUAUAAAAUUGUAUAACAUGCAAAAGUCUGCAAAACACAUAUUUCUGAUGUGUGUUUAUGGGACCAAUUUUAUUCCCACCUAAUGAUUGUGACUAGCAAGCCUAAAUGCUUUAAAAUACAUUUACUAAAGGACAAUAUACAUCUGUUCAGAACCAAAUACAGAAGCACUUUUCUUUUGCUAGAAUAUACUCAAAUAUUUGUAUGAGAAAAUGAUUUAUCUAUAUUUAUUUUGUGGAAUAAAAUAAACAUGUUUGCUACAGAAUACCUCGUAGCCUAACACAGACUUACAGUAUUUUGCUUCCUUGUGUCAGUGUAUUGCUUAUAUUGUAAAUGUACAUUUAAAUAAUCUCAUAAUGUGUUUCAAAGAUGGUAUGAAGUUAAGUUGUCAUAAAUUAAAAAGCUUUGUGACAAAGGAAUUUAAGCCUAAAACAUUCAAAUCCUAAUCUGAGAACUACAGUGAGGUUGUAAUAUUGGAAAAAACUUAACAAGCACAAUUUUAUUAUGUAUAUUUUGUCAGUGGUAUUAAUAAAUUUCUAAGAGCA